CCUGCAUGCCGCGGCGCUGCCGUCUCCGCCCCCGCCUCCUCCCCCGGCGCCCGUCACCAUGAUCAUCUCCAAGAAGAACCGCCGCGAGAUCUGCAAGUACCUCUUCCAGGAGGGAGUCUUGUACACCAAGAAGGACUACAACCUGGCCAAGCACCCCCAGGUCGAUGCCUUGAACCUCGAGGUCAUCAAGCUCAUGCAGAGCUUCAAGUCCAAGGAGUACGUCAGGGAGACCUUCUCGUGGCAGCACUACUACUGGUACCUGGCCAACGACGACAUUGAGUUCCUCCGCACCUUCCUCAACCUGUCGUCUGAGAUCGUGCCCAAUCGAUCAUGUGAUAUGCAGACGCAGAGCCGCGUGCAGAUGACGGAGGCGGACAAGGAGCAUAAGAAGAUGCUCGACAACUACUCCCAGCAAGCCGACGACAUCAAGGCAUCGUACAAGAAGUUGAUGACAGAUGUGCAGUCAUCUCCGUCUCGUAGUACUGCAGAGGCUCACCAAAGACAUCUAUCUUCUCAAUUUUACUGUAGUGUUCUUGAUAUCUACCUGUAG